GUCAUCGGCAAGCCAGUCUUCGUCAAGCAAUCAACAUCCCUUAUCGGGACGUGGAUGGUGGACCCCAAGCCUACGGCCGCGUCGGCCAACAAAAUAUGGGUGACCCUGGGUCUGGAGGGCGAAACCGUCCUGGAGUACAGCUCCGAGGGGAACUUCGAGAAAGGCGUCGUGGAACGAGAGCUCAGCCUUAGCGGCACGCCCUUCUUCGGGACCGGUCACGUGGUGUCCGGCGGCUUUCUCUACUACCACUGGGCCCGCCAGCAGAAGAUCGUCCGGUACAACCUGGCGCUCGGGGAGGUCACCACCGUGAGACAGCUCUCCGAUCUCAACCACAAGGUGGUGAAGGGCUCGAAGACGUUCCUUUACCACUCGGAGAGCCUGUUCGUGGAUUUCAACGUGGACGAGAACGGCCUGUGGAUCAUCUACAGCCUCGGGGGUAACCCCAAGCUGAUGGUGGCCCUGCUGAACGAGGAGACCCUGGACAUCGUCAAGUCCCUCCACGUGGAGGUGCAGGUCGGCUCCAAGGGCAACGCCUUCAUCGCCUGCGGCAAGCUGUACACGGUGCGGCACCACAACCGGCAGACCUCGUUCGUGGACGAGGAGCACGACCUGUGGCACAACCGGACCCAGCCCAUCAAGAUAACGGUCAACAACCCGUACGGCAACACGGUCAUGUUGACCUACGACACCGCCAACAGGAGGCUUCUGGCUUGGGAUGCCGGCAGGCAGCUGAGGUCACCUCUACUUCUCAAGGACAGUAAUUAG